CAAAACAAAAAAGAAAAGAUGAAUUCUUACCCAAGCCAAACAACCCACAUGGCCACGGUUAAAUUAUUUUUACAACUUCCAUAGUACACUCUAAAUUUCCAAAACGCACCAAUAAAUAAAGGCACCAAACAAAGAUCAAACUCUUGGAACACCAUUGCCCCAUUUUUUUCUCUUUCUCUUUUUCAACUCUGAACCUUGCUCGUUAGGUUUCCUGUCUCUGCUCAGAGACUUCACAGCCAUUUCCUUCUAUUUUCUUUCCAAAACUAAUAAACCUACCAAACAAGAAACUCCAUUUUCCUUUCCUUUCUUUUAUUUUCCCUCAUUUGUUCUCUUUUGCUCAGAUCUAUAAUCAUAAUCACCCUUCUUGCUCUAUUGCCCAGAUCUUCAUUUAUCACAAGCUACAAACUUUUCUUCUCUUGGUACUUUAUAAAACAUGAGCAAAGAAGAAUUUUUGAAGAUACAGAAAUCUGUUCUUAAAGUGAACAUACACUGUGAUGGAUGUAAACAUAAAGUGAAGAAAAUCUUGCAGAAAAUUGAUGGGGUGUUUACGACUGAGAUAGAUGCAGAACAGGGGAAGGUGACGGUUUCCGGGAAUGUGGACCCAAACAUUCUCAUCAAGAAGCUUGCAAAAUCGGGAAAACACGCAGAGUUAUGGAGUGUACCCAAACCAAACAACAACAACAACAACCAGAACAAUGUUGUUAAUCAGUUAAAGAACAUGCAAAUUGAUAAUGGUAAAGGUGGUGGUGGAAACAAGGACAACAACAAAGGUCAGAAUCAGAACCAGAAGGGUGGGAAUAGUAACCAGCCCAAAGGUGUUGUUCCACCAGGGUUAAAUCCUCAGCAGGUGCAACAACUUCAGCUUCAGCAACAGUUGCAGCAACUGCAACAGAUGAAAGGGUUUCAAGAUCUGAAUAUGCCACAGUUUAAGGGGAUGAAGAUGCCUAUUCAGAACCCAAAUCAGAAUGCUAAAGGUGUUAAAUUUGAUUUGCCUGAAGAUGAGGAUGAAUUUAGUGACGAUGAGUUGGAUGAUUUUGAUGAUGAGGAGGAAGAUGAUGAAGAAGAUUUUGAUGAUGAGUUUGAUGAUGAAAUGGAUGAGUUACCACCACCUAAUAAGAUGAAGCCACCUAUGGGUAUGGCUAUGGGGAAUGGUCCUCACAUGAUGAUGAAUGGGAAUCAUCCACAGCUUAUGAAUGCUAUGAAGGGUGCCAAUUUUAAUGGCGGUGGUGGUGGUGGUGGUGGUGGAGGUGGCAACGGGAAGACACCUGGUGGGGGAGGUGGUGGAGGACCUAUGCCGGUUCAAAUUCAUGGUAUGGUUGGUGGAAAUGGCAACGGAGGUAAGAAUGGCGGGGGUGGUGGUGGAGGGAACAAAAUGAAUGGUGGUUUACCGGAGGCUAAAACUGGUGGUGGUGGUGGUGGUGGUGGAAACAAGAAUGGUGGUAAUAACAAUGGUAAUAAUCAGAAUAAUGGGGGUAAAAAGGGUAUUUCCAUGCCAAUGGGUGGGGGUGGUGGUAAUGUUCAAGCUAUGAACAAUGGAUUUCAAAAAAUGAUGGGUGGUGGCGGCGGUGGUGGAGGUGGUCAUCCUCACCCUUCUAUGGGCGGCGGUGGUGGCGGUGGUGGUCAUCCUCACCCUUCUAUGGGCGGUGGUGGUGGCGGUGGUCAUCCACACCCUUCUAUGGGUGGAGGUAAUGCCGGACAAAUGAGUAUGCCAAUGAACCAAAUGGGUGGUAACUUGCCUGCCGUUCAAGGUCUGCCUGCAGGCGGCGGCUUCCAAGGCGGUGGUCCGGGUCCGGAAAUGAUGCCGGGAAAUCCUUACCAACAACAACAACAGCAACAUCAGCAGCAGCAGCAACAACAUUUAAUGGCAGCUGCUAUGAUGAACCAACAACGUGGUGCAAUGGUUGGAAAUGAAAGAUUUCAGCAACCAAUGAUGUAUGCAAGACCACCCCCAGCUGUGAAUUACAUGUAUCCUCCAUACCCUUAUCCUCCUCCAGAUCCAUACACAAACUUUUUCAGUGAUGAAAAUACUUCAAGCUGCAACAUCAUGUGAUUGAUUCAUAAAUCAAACAACGGUGAUAAUUUGGUUCAACCUACCCUCUAAUUUAUGCAAUAUUAUACCAAUGGAACAUGAGUUUUUUAUUUUCAUUUUCUUUGAUUUGGUCCCUUCACACCCCAGGGGUUUCUAAUUACCAUAGAGGGAUUAGUUUAUAGAUAUAUUAUAUUAUAUGUUAUUAUUAGUACUAUCACAUAUGUUUAUAUGUGUUUAUAUUUUGGAAAUAGUAAUAAAAAGAUUUGAGAAGAAUGAGAUUGGGAUGAUGAUGAAUGAAACUCCAAUUUUCACA